GGAUGUUGUCCUACCGUUAGUCGAGAUUCAUCGUUGAUCGCUCGUACUGGAAAUAAACACCUACGGAGAAAAAAGAGGGACUUGUCUGUGCGAAAGGUCCAUAAUCCGAUUCGAAAUGAGUCCAAAACUAUCUCGUCUCGGGAUACAGAAGGCUGAUAAAAGAAGGGAGGACGACCUCGCCCAUCUCUAUCAUUCUGUCGACGAGGUGGACUCGCCAGUCAACUCAUCGGAGUUGUCACUGUUGGUAAACCGAUCGAGCACCAUGUACACCAAUAACAAGACUCUUCGAUUUACGAGAAACACCGGCCAGAGAUUGACUCCGGAUCAACGCAUCUUCUACGAGGAGAACGGCUAUCUCGUUGUACCGCGUCUCGUGCCACAAAAUAUUCUCGAAAAAUGCAGCAGCAGGUUCGACGACAUCGCUACGAAAAAGGUGAAACGCGGCAUGAUGACCGUGAUGCACGACGUGGUCGACCGGAAAUCGGUCAACAAGAUCCAAGAUAUCGUUCACGACGAAGUUUUUUGUGAGUACAUCGAGUACAAACCACUCUUGGACAUCGUCGAAUGCUUCACCGGACCCAGCAUCAUGGCUAUGCACACUAUGCUCAUCGCGAAACCUCCGGACAUUGGAUCGAAGAGCAGCAGGCACCCACCUCAUCAAGAUAUGUACUAUUUUCCCUUCGGUCCAGCCGACCGAAUCGUUGCUGCUUGGACCGCGAUCGAACCCUGUGAUACUCUCAACGGAUGCCUGUACGUUUCACCCGGUUCUCACCUCGCUGGACAACUUUAUUCUCACGGUUAUCCCCAGAAAUUGGACGGCCCCGUUAACAAAUUGUACCACCAAAUUCAAGACCUGCCGGAUUCGCUGGUUUGGGUACACUUGGAAGCAGAGCCGGGCGAUACUCUCUUUUUCCAUCCAUUGCUGAUUCACGGUUCGGGGGUAAAUCGUUCCAAGCGAACACGAAAAGUUAUUUCGUGUCAUUACGCAGCGGCUGACUGUAAAUACACCGAGGUCCGGGGCACGGUGCAAGAGCCCAUACGCAACGAGGCGAUGGAAAUUAUGAGGAAACGUCUUCCUGGAUUAGACGUCGAUUUCACGGACUAUUGGCGUCUGAGAUCCAAACUCGUGCGAGGCAUUCGUUCGUCGCUCUAAGGCCCUUAAACGGUCGGGUGAACUUCUGAAGAUUUUUCCAUGCUUUAUUACCUUCGAUGGGAGCAAAAACGAUGUUUUUGAGAAUUUUCGGUUCGUGGGGUGAUUCGCAAACGAGAAACGUGACAACGUUUCGUCGCUAAAUUCUGCAAAUCUUUCCAAAAUCCAAUUUCACAUGCGAGAAAAUUGGCUCUUUUCGGUUAUGGGAGACUCGACUGGUGCUUCAUCACCGGUCGAUAACUUUUAAAUAUUCCAAUGAAAAUUAUUUCAUAGUCGCGAUUUAUCGUCAAAGCAACGAAACUUCCAGAAGUUUACAAACGAAUUUCCAGUAUUCGAAUACCAAUACAAACGUAUUUAUCGAACGUGAAUAUUUCUACCUAAUCCAGAUCCAUGGCAAAUAAUCUGAUGAGCACGUCCAGUGUGGAUUCCAAAAUGCAUUAACCCAGGCAAGGUUUUUUUAAUUAUAUUAAACAUACGUGAAUACUAACACGAACGUAGAAGAAAGAGAGAAAAUUUUUGUAGCUUGUAGAAAAAUGGUGAUUCAUGCAGCUAAUAAAUCAAUUGGGACUUA